ACAGAUCCGCAGUGACGUAUAACGUACGAUCUCAAGUUGAAUAUACUGCUUAUUAAAAUAUUUGAAAACAAAAGAGGAAGUAAGACAGACAUUGAAUUCUUUGAAACUUUACUGACUUAUUUGAAAAUCAGGAAAUAAGAAAGUUAUUUUGAGAAAAACGAAAGAGAUUUUUCUGUGUAACCGCGAAUGAGUCCAAAACCGUAGAUGAUAUGGACAAGCGCCGAAAGAACAAAAAUUCUUCACUCAGACGACGGAAAGUAGACAAAUUUCAGAAUAAAGACCAUGUAAAUACACCAAAACAAAACAUUAAAUGCGGCACUAUUGACACCAUUACUGUUUCAGUGGAAGAAGAUCAGGAAAGUGUUGUCUUGUCUCUGAAAACAAUAGCCGAUAGAUUCACUGAUGGUUGCAUUUUAUUUGAUUAUGGAAAAUUAACUGUAUACUUAAACGUAAGAGCUGACCUUCUAGCUGAUAUAGAGAACACAAGUGUUGCUAAUCAGAUGGACUUUUCACUCCUGCAUGAUGUAUACAACAGUUACAAAACAUUCUUACUGUACAGUAAUAAAGAUGGCAAGAAAAAGAUUUUGCCGAAAAACAUGUACUUCCAAACAAUAAUUGAACGAAUUGAGAAAGGAGUCUUUGACAACGGAAAUGUUUCUUCACAUGUAUUCGUAUUGCUACGAGAAUUGACAAACUCCAAACAAGAGUGUAAGAGCAAACUGAAUGAAGACACAAACAAUGAUUCAGAGUGUUGUACAAAGAACAAAUCUGCAACACAGCUACAAGCAUACCGUCAAAAGCAAAGCCAUUAUCAUAAAGAAAUUAUCAACAAAACCACAACGGAAUUAAAUUGUCGACGAAAUGUUUCUCUGCAAAGUUCGAAGAUUUGUCUUGGCAAUGUAAAAGUGAUUAAGCCUUUGCUGAAACAUGUACCUUCGCUUCCACGGUUACCUUCACCUAUACCUCGAUUAAAGAUCUUUUCAUGUUUCCCGUUCGAAGAACAAUUACAUUAUCCGAACACAGCUUCCGAGGAACAACGUGAUGACGAACAGAUUCAUAGCGCACAAGUUGUCUCUAAUGUCAAUUCAGUUGUCCAUGGAGAACGCUUAUCCAGCCAUCAGCAAGAUGCCAGCAAUGGAUUUUAUUCUCCUGUUACCAGCCAUGCACAAUCUGAUAUACGAGGAACAGAACGUCCAGUCCAACAACGACCUCAAGUUCCACCUCGACACCCUAACUAUUCCCACUAUGCUGAGAGAUUGAUGUCAUUUACAGAAUGGAAGCACAGAAGUCCGCAACCUGAAACACUCAGCCAAGCAGGGUUCUUUUUCACAAAACAAGGUGAUUUGGUACGUUGCUUUCAAUGUGGAAUUGGAUUGAAAGACUUCUCACUAGAUGAUGAUCCUCUUUUAGAACAUGUCCGGCAUUCAAGGCAGUGUCCAUUUCUUCCAGAACUUCUUGGUGACGAUGGGCUGGCAAUGUAUCAGAACAGACUACAAGCUGUCGAUCCUGAAUACAAUCGUCAACAGCAAUGGGCCGAGACAGAGAGGUUCAGCAACACGAUCAAGCUACUGCCAUCCUGAAUAUCAAACAAUGCAAGCUCGUCUUUCAUCAUUUAUAAACUGGCCUGAAGAUUUGACACAGACACCUCAACAGUUGGCUGAAGCCGGGCUAUAUUACACUGGUUUCGAAGACCAAGUGCAAUGUUUUGCCUGUGGCGGCGGGUUACGAUGGGAACCUGAAGACGACCCUUGGACAGAACACUGCAGAUGGUUUCCCGCGUGCCCUUAUGCUUUGGAACAAAAAGAAGAACAGUUCAUAG